AACACAUUGCACACACAAUCGACUUGACGAGUUGACAGUUGAGUACUGCGGAAGCUAUGUCGUCCCAAGGGACCGGCUUGGUCCUGUUGGUUGUUACCCUGUUAACCCCAGACUGCGUGGCAGCAGGGAUGGAUGGCAACCCAUUUGAAAUGUGCGUUACUUCGAGGAGGAGAGUUGCAGACCUCUCCAAUCAAAAUCUAACAUCCUUUCCCUUAAAUCUUCUCAACACCACGGAAUACUUGGACAUCUCUCACAACUCCAUCCAAAGUAUCACCACACAAGUUUUCCCCCGACUGCCUCUGUUGUGUUUUCUAAAGGCGACUCAUUGUGGGCUCAGGGAUAUCUCUCCGAAAGUGUUUCAACACACUCCUGCACUUCAAGUUCUUGAUAUUUCCUCCAACGAAUUAACUAUCAUUCCUGACAUUUCACUUCCACGACUGACCAUUUUGGAUUUGGCUGAUAAUCUCUACGAGGGCUAUCAGCUGCCGGAGUGUUUUCAGAACCUUACAAAUCUGCGAGUGCUGUCAUUAGGAAGCAAAGCGGCUCUGACAGUGAAUUUAAAUGACUUCAAACCUGUGAUGAAAAUCCCCUUGCACCAUUUGGUUUUGGGUGCAGGAGUUCCAUGGCGAAUGUAUGAAUCGGGAGCUCUUGGGAUGCUGUCCCUGCAGAAAAUGUCCCUUUUCACUAACUUUUGUGGGUGCUUCAAUGUGUUCGACAACCUCCUUGUGGAUCUGAAUGUGACACGGGCGAGCGCCUUGAGGUUUGUGGCCGUGUUUUCGGAUGAUUGCAACGUCACCGACGACCCAUUCCAGAACUUGAAAGCAAUGCCGCAUGUGCGAAACCUCACCAUAGAGAACACCUUGCUAAGCAGCUCGUUCAUGGAGAUAUUCUUAAAGAACGUUUGGCUGUCUUCUAUUGAGGAUCUCACCUUUGUCAACAUCACGUACAAUGAAGAUACACCUGAUGGGUUUCAGUUUCACCCCCUCAAUCACAGCCUUAGUCUUCGCUCUGUAACUUUCGAUACGGUGAUACAUUAUCAAUACAGGUAUCCUACAGUUAACAUAAGCUUUAAGUACGCUUCAAAUGUGAACUAUGUUAAGUUUUCUAGGAGCGGAAUGAACAUUUUACCCUGUAAACUCUUAUCUGUCCUGCCAACAUUGGAGACCCUGGAUGUGUCAGACAACCUCCUGUCGGACUUGGGCUUCUGGUGGCCUUUGUGUUCCCACACUGGAGUCUUCCCCAAACUGAAGCACCUGUUGUUGAGCAAGAACCGUUUCAGGAGUUUGUCCUUCAUCUCGGGACAGACACAUGAAAUGAAACAGCUGGAGUCCUUGGAUUUGAGCUUCAAUUCCAUAUACUUGGACAUCAGCUGCCAAUGGCCCGCUCACUUGAUUGAGCUCAAUUUGGGGAAUAACAAUCUGGGAAACAGUGUUUUUGAGUACCUGUCACCAAAUUUACAGCGAAUUUACUUGUCAAAAACAGGAAUAACUGCCAUCACCCAAGAGGACAUGUCUCGGUUUCCCAAACUGACACACCUCAAGCUCAGUGCUAACAGCAUACAAAUGCUCCCGGAACUACUCGAUGCCCCAAACCUGAUCAGUCUCUAUGUAGACCAGAACGCAAUCACAAGUCUUUCUGGGCAUGUCUUUGGGGGAAUUCCGAAGCUUCAGCUCCUCAAAGCUGGGAACAAUCCCUUCAUAUGCUCCUGCGACCUACACUGGUUCCUCACAGACUUUAACAAGUCUUUGCUCUUGAACUGGCCCUUGGAUUAUUUAUGCAGCACCCCAAAACAGUUUAAGGGCCUGCCAUUGUCCGAGUAUAAAACCAGUGUGAUCUCAUGCGAAAUAUGGCUCCAAACAACAGUUGGAUUCUCCGUGUUACUAUUAGUAGCAACAACCUUGGGCCUGCUUUUCUACAAACUGGAUGGUGUGUGGUACACAAAGAUGUUAUGGGUGUGGAUUAGGGUGAAGAGGAGAGGAAAUAAACGCUCACACUUGCUGAAGAAUAUGUCAUUUUCAUACCACGCGUUCAUCUCCUACAGUCAUCAGGAUGCCAACUUUGUGAGCACCGAACUGGUGCCCUCCUUGGAGAACGCCGGGUUUUUCCUGUGUGUUCACGAACGUGAUUUUGUACCCGGUGAUUGGAUCAUAGACAACAUAAUCAACUGCGUGGAGUCCAGCUACAAAACACUCUUCGUCCUCUCGAAACAUUUCGUCCAGAGCGAAUGGUGCAACUACGAGCUCUUCUUUGCUCAGCACAGAGCCAUCAACAUCCAAGAGGACUCUUUGGUGUUCAUCCUGUUGGAACCCAUCCCCACAGAUUGCUUGCCCAAAAAGUACUUGAGACUGAGAAGUUUGCUCCAGCAGCAGACGUACCUCGAGUGGCCGAAGGACGAGCGGAAGCAGCAAGUGUUUUGGGCGAGCCUUAAAUCCAUGCUGCGUAUGGCAGACAAAUCUGUAGUUUUGAGGGAUAUGGCUGUGGAUCUUGCAGAUACAGCAGCCCUACUUAAUAAUCAGACCUAACAUGCUAUAUGGUUAAAAUGUGGACGACCACAAUUGUGUAAAAUCCGAAAUUUGGAUGACCACAAUUGGGUAAAAUUCAAAAUUUUGAGCCGUUACACCCUAUUGCAUGGGGGCAUGUUAUGGAAAUGGACUUUUCAAUUGCUUGGAUACAAACAGUUGGGUCUCUCGAGGGCCUCCACAGCCUAUUCUGACAAAAGUAGGUCAUAGACAGCUGGGAACUGUUAUAAAUUCUAGGAAAUUAAUUCAUAAUCCACUUCAUAAUUUGUCAAUGGUUUUCAACCUGGUUUGAAUGAAGCAAAUGUAUAUCUGCUGUUCAAAUGUCGAUCACAUUCUUGGCUGCUUAAUCAUUCUUAAAUUAAAAUCUUUAAUACGGGUCCUCACUGCAACAGUUUAAGUGUCCAAAUGGCAUGCUGCCUUGUCCUAGGUGUCUGCCUAAUUAAUUACAUGUUUCUACAGUUCUGAGUUUUGUGUAAAGUUAAGUCAAAAGGUAUCCACUAGAAUGAUACAGUACAUUGCAGUAUGCUUCAUUUGAGAAAAUCAAAGAAAUAGCGAUGAUUACUGGUUUAAAUUAUCUUUCUCUUUUUGCUCAAGUAUCAACAGUCAAUAAUACUUUAAAAUUUGACUUUUCUCUACAGCAAAGUGACAACUAAUUUUAGCAGAUGCAUGUGAAGGAAAUUUACGCUGCAUUCAAAUAUAAAAUUGUAUAUAUAUUCUUAUGCUCUUUGGUCUUCAGUACUUUUUAAUGUUUGACUUUCUUGUAACUUUUGUUGCCAAUUAUUCAAUGUAUUUUUUGUUUUUUGUGUUCUUUGGUGGGGAUUUUUCUUUCUCAACGGGAUGACCAAACAUUGACAAAAAGAAACUUACUCAUUGUACAGUCUGUGCAAAAUACUAACCCCCCCCCAAAGAAACCUUUAAUGUGCUGGUAUCAUGACAUGACAUAAACAUUUCUCAAGUAAUUUUUGUGUGUGGCAAGAUUUGUGCAAGCUGAACUUUGAAAGGCAACUUAACCGCUGAAUAUAAGUUGGGUACACGUACCGAUUUUUAUUUUCUUUACAGAUUAUUAAAAUUUUAGAACUGACAUUUUGAAAUGGAAAAUAAAAUUAACUACUAGUUAUACCUGUCUGAAUAUAAACAAGCAUAACAUUUAAUGCUCUGACAUCAUGAACAGCAGUGUUCGCACUAC